AUGAUCACAGAUACCCAACUCACUUUAUUAUCAAACACCUUAGGUGCUACCAUCUUUUUAUUAAUUGUUUACUAUCAUUAUGUCGCAACUAAAACAGUCACAGCAGCCAAAAAAGAUAAUUAA